AUGUCAGUUCUAGAAGCCACUAAAGUGUUGAAUUUAAACAAUAGUCCAAUGCUUGGUACUGGGGAUCAGGGAGGAGGUUUGACCUCUCGGACCAUUUUUCUGGACAAGUUUCCUAAGAAAGGUGAGGAAGCCAUGCUGAUCGAUACAGACCCAUUCCCAUCUAACCUCGAGGUCAACAUGGUCACGGCUAAUCUGAGGAAUCAUCCGCAGUUGAAGGUCGAUCUUGGCCGGAGUAAUCAAGGAAAGGGGUCUGAGUUUGUUUUGGAGGCAAAAUACCAGCUGACCUUCGAUAGAUUCAAGAAGUAUAUGAUGAGGUCACCAGUUCUAAUGCCGCUGAUCGAAGGUCGACCGCUCAAGCUUUAUAUGGCGGCCUCUUCAGAGUCGGUGGGAUCUCUCCUAACCCUGGAUGAUGUUAUAUGGAAGGAACACGUGGUCUACUAUUUAAUCCAGACACUUCUUGACACUGAUAGACAAUACUCUGCUAUUGAGAAGUUGUACUUAUCAUUGUAUUUUGCGGCCACUAAAUUAAGACAUUAUUUGUUGGUUGAGAGACUAAAUAUAAUAACGGUAACUGAUUUGGUGAAAUACAUGUUGAAUUGGCCAAUUAUAAAUGGCCGAAUUGGAAAAUGGGUACUAGCUUUGUUUGAAUUUGACCUUUGUUACAUUCCACAGAAGGCAGUGAAAGGUCGAGCCAUAGCUAAUUUUUUGGCCGAUCACCCCUCUGAUUUGGUAGAACAAAUUCCUCUAGAGAUCUUGGAUCUAUAUUAUGUGCAAUUAACACCAUGGAAAUUGAUCUUCGAUAGGUCAAGAACACAUACUGCAUCAGGGGUUGGUAUAAUCUUGAUCGCUCCGAAUGGAAAUGGGCAGGAAUUUGCAUUCCAAUUGGAGUUUAACUGCACCAAUAACCAGGCCGAGUAUGAGGCCAUGAUAGUCAGCCUAAAAUUAUUGGUGGAAUUAGGUGCAAGGAUUAUGAUAGUUAUAAGUGAUUCACAAUUAGUGAUCAAUCAAAUGGCAGGAUUGUUCAAGUGUAGUAGUAUAACUUUGUUGCCAUAUUAUGCCUUAGCGACCCAAAUGUUGGAUCAAUUUGAAGAAGUGGAGUUGCUACAUGUGACUAGGGAGCAUAACAUGGAUGCCAAUGAAAUUGCACAACUCUCUAGGGAGCUCGAUGCCUAG